UCUCGACCUCGACAGGCUCCCUGCUGCGCAUGCGCUCGCUCGUCCUGCUGCUUGCCGUCGCCGGGCAGGCGAGCGCGCUGCACGUCGGCGCGCGCGCGGCGCCGCCGCCACGCCACGCCGCUGCACGCGUGCCGUCGGCGACGAUGCAGGCGCAGCUCCAGUCGCUGCUCGACGCCAACCGAGGCCUCAUCGACUCGCUCGCCUCUGUUGCUCCGGAUAUGCCUGAAAUCGGCCGCCUGCGCUUCGCGCUCGCGUUCCCAGACGCGGCCGAGGCCAAGGCGAACCUGCGGGAGGCGGUUGCGUGGCGCACGGGAGCGGGGAAGCCUAUUGUCGACGCGGCCGCCGAGGCGGUGGCCAAGGCGACGGCGGGCGGCGGCUGGGACAACGAGGCCGUGCGAGCGGCGGCUCCGCACGCGGCGGUGAUCAACCCGUUCAUCGACACCAAGAACAUCCUCACGCUGGGCACCGAUCAGGGCGACCUCGUCUACCUCGUCCGCGCCUCGCAGAUUGAGGACAAGGAGAUGAUGGCCAAGGUCUCUGUCGACCAGCUGACCGAGUUCCUGCUCUACGUCAAGGAGGUGCACUACCUGGUGGUCAACGCGGCCUCGGAGCGGACGGGCCGCCUGUGCAACGUCAUCUUCGCAAACGACAUCACCGGCACUCGCAAGGCUCCCGACCCGCAGUUUGCAAAAGGUGCGCCGGCCGCCGCCGCCGCCGCCGCCCGCCGCCGCCGCCGCCGGCCGCCGCCGCCGCCGCCGCCUCACCCUCGCGCCACGGCGACCGCACCCCGCCGGGCGCUGCCUCGCAGGCCUGACCGCCUCGUCCAAGUCGUACGAGAAGCUGUACCCCUCCCUCGCCGGGCCGACUCUCAUCCUCAACCUGCCAUUCAUCCUGCAGGCGGACACAGACUCGUCGCUCCCUCAUACUCUCACGCACACCCGCGCACGCAGCACUUAUCUCGCCCAGCCUUGCCCUGCCUCCCGUGAGCCGCUGCACUCGGAGUGCCGCCGCGGUGCCGCUCUCGCCUGUCGCGGCGACGCAGACGUGCACCUGAUGACCUGUCCCGCCCUCUUCCUCGCCCUCCCGCAGGCCUUUGUCGGCCUCUUCAAGCCCCUCUUCCCAAAGGUGGUGCAGGCGCGGCUCAAGUUUGAGCGGGCGCGCCUCCCCCACCCCCACCCCCACCCCGGGCGUGUGGCGAGCGGCGGGGCGUCACCGGCGCGGCCGAGCGUGCCAUAGGCACCCUUCCUCUCGAAGCUGGACCAGCUCACGCCGCUGACGACCGACAGCAGCAAGCGCAAGGCCUUCCUGGCCGAGAUCGCGUCGCUCCUCGACACGGGCUUCUUCGCCUCGGGCGGCAACAUGUGAAGAGGGAGUGCGAUUGUCGGCGAAAUCUAAUUUCUUGUCCGCCCUGCGAUUAGC